AUAAAGAACAGGAAUGUAACCGGCGAAUGCUUGUUAAAGUAUUCAAAUCUGUGAGAUACUUAGCAAGACAAGGACUUGCAUUCGGAGGACAUGAGGAAUCAGAAGGAAAUUUUCAGCAGUUGCUAAAACUUCAAGCUGAAGACGACAAGCAGUUGUCCACUUACAUAAAGCAAUCAACAUCGUUCAUAUCCCCUCAGGCUCAAAAUGAGAUGCUUCAAGAUCUGAGUCAUAGCAUUGUAAGGAGUAUUGCGGAUGAUGUGAAAAAAGAUGGAGUCUUUGCGGUAAUUGUAGAUGGCACUCAGGAUAUCAAUGGCACAGAACAGGAAUCUAUUUGCAUCCGUCAUGUCAAUGACGACCUAGAUGUCCAUGAAGACUUUAUAGGACUGUACGAGGCUCCCUCUACAACUGGUGGAACUCUGUCAAAAGUUGUAGCAGAUGUGCUGGUACGGCUCGGGCUAUCCAUCAAUAACCUGAGAGCUCAAACUUAUGAUGGCACAUCAAACAUGAGUGAGAAAUACAUCGGCUGCCAGGCUAAAAUCAAGGAACAACAACCAUUGGCCAUGUUCUUCCAUUGCAGUUCCCAUGUAUCAAACUUGGUAGUGCAGCAUGCUGUCAGCAAGACUCCGCUUGUACGAGAUGCUUUGCAAUGGGUGCAGGAUCUAGGAGUGCUUUAUUCAAGAUCUGGAAAGUAUAAGGCUAUAUUCGUAGACAUUGCUACUGAGGAGUAUGAUAGUAGAAGUGCGAAGAUUCGACCUCUGUGUCCACCACGUUGGUUAUGUAGACAGUCUGCAGUUGAGUCAGUUAUCAAAAAUUAUGCUGCAGUAAUAAAGAGCCUCACAGAAAUGUCAGAAGGAGAAGGAGGUACUGCCACUAAAGCCAAUGGACUGCUUGACAGAUUCGAAAAGGGUGAAGUUCUUCUUGCUUUACAGAUGAUCAACAAGCCAUUGGCCAUACUUGAAACACUGAAUAAUGGGCUACAAGCGAGGACAUUGAUUAUUUCAGGAAUGAAGGAAUCGGUAAAAGCAGCAUUGUCAGAGAUAGGAACACAUCGUGAAGAGAGAGUAUUUGAAGUCAUUUUCAUGGACUUGAGCCAAUUUCCAUACCUCGAAGACGACCUUCUGCAAGAAUUUCUAGACCAGCACCAGCCCACCAACCUGAUACAGCAGAGCAGCAUUUCAGGAAGGCAUAUUAUGAAUUCCUUGAUUCUAUCAGCGCCAAUCUAG